UAGAUGGUGCCUAGCUCCACUGAUAUCCUGUCAGGUCAAGGCCGAAAGCAGCGUAGCCUGAGCAGCACAGAAUCUCCAGCACACCCUGGUAGUUUUUUGGGAGAAUGUGCCAUGUAUGAAGAGCCGACUGUUUUAGCUACUACUGUCGGCAGGUUCUCAGUGGUCAGCACAGAAGACGAGGUCACACGCAGGAAGCACAGCAGCAGAUAUUCCGCCCCACCUGACUUUUAUCUGGACGCCCCACCUCCUCUGACCAAACGAGGCUCGCUGCCAAGGACACAGACCUCAGUCUCAGCAGAUGUCACCGUUCAGACCCGUUUCAUGUCUUCUGACUCUGGGGCUGAGAGCAGCCCUGCCAAAAUGGCACCCACAACCCCAUCCCGUCAUGGUAGGUCUGAAAGGAGAGGAAGUGACCUCGUGAAAAGAGCGGUGGCUUUUCUGAGGCGCUCCGGUCGCAGUAGUAGUGUGCAAAGCUCUGAUUCACCAAGCAGAAAGGGAGGGGUGUACGGAUCCUAUGUCAGCAGUGACAAUGACUCAGAGAUGGAGGACUCAGAUAUAAAGAAUGAGCUUCAAAGACUAAGAGAAAAGCAUAUGAAGGAAAUAACUGAAUUGGAGACCCACCACCGAGAAGAGAUUGAGCUUCUCUACAUCAGAUUAGGGAAACCACCUCCUCCAGGUCUUUAUAUUCCACCCACAGUGAUCCCUGCUGGACGCAAGCGCAGGACCAGCAAACACAAACUAAAACCUGCCAAACUGCUCAGUCCUCUAGUACAACAGCUGAGAAAUGUUGCCUCCAAAACUAGUGACAGCAGCAAACCUAAUGACUUAACAAAAUCAGCUGAGGCUGCCCCAAGCUUGAAUGGGUCUCCUGCCAGGACUCUACCUUGUUCCGUGUCUGUUCCGGUUCAGACCCAACAGCCCUGCUCUCUCCAAGGAUCUCUCUCCUCCGACAAUAUCUACUCUGGUCUCCAGGGAGAAGGACCUGUGCCACGCAGCCAGCCCGGCCAAGGCUGGCCUCCUUCUCCCCAGGCGUCUGCGCGGGUCACCUAUAAAUCCAGUAGUAAACCACGCGCUAGAUUCCUCAGUGGGCCUGUUUCUCUGUCCAUCUGGUCAACACUUAAACGCCUGUGUCUUGGUAAAGAACGUGGAAGCAGAUCUGGAACACCGUCAGCUGCCUCCAAUCAGUCCCCAAUGCCUCCUGGAUCCACUCCACCUCCUCACCAGCCAACUGGUCUCGCCCAAGCACAGACUAACAACAGCAACAACAAGACAGAUGCUUUCACACAGCAGCUUCAUAGACUGGUGGAUAACGGUGCAGAAGGGGUGAGGGCUCCUUCACGCUCACGCUCCCUCAGUCUAAGACCCCAGCAACUAACCAGAUCCAGGAUCUGGAGUGCUACAGAAGCUCCAGGUUCAAUAGAAAGUCUGAAUGCUUCCCAGCUGCCUCUUUCAUGGCCACAGAUUGAUUUCCAUGCCUCUGUAAUGGCGACUGACACUUCACAAGUACUCCAGCGCAGUUUUAUGGUGCCUGUUAACCCUUACAGAAAGAUGCUGACCGCCCCACACUUAGACAUGGACCACUGGCCGGCAAUGACUGCCACUCAUAACCAAGAAGUCUUUGCUUUCUCUGCUGUGCACUCGCCCUCAUGGACAGCACCUUCUUCCCCCAGUGAGGUUCCAAGUUCUAGAAAUAGGACCAUGUAGCUUUACCAUCACUGUACUUAUACUUUACACUGUCGCCAAAAAUACUUUAGUUUCUUUAGAGUGCUGGUUAGGCCUAUCAGUGUGCAAUUCUAUCUGUUGCAGUUGCUAGCAUGUAGUUGCUUACAAUGUAGUAAUCCCACAUGAACAUGUAAAUAUACAGGCCAACAAUGUACUAGGCAUAUCAUGUAGGCAGUUUACAUUCAGUAUUAUUGUACAUAUUCAUAUAGCCUAUGUAGAAUAACUGAAUUUUAGCAUAGGCAUAUGUACAGAAUGUAUAUUUUUCAUCAAAAUCUAUUUAGCUUGCUUGUGUUUGUGCAGAAUCAACUUCCUUUACACCUUGAGCUGUACACAUAUGUAAAUGCUAUAAGGUACAGUAAUAUGCCCUUAAAUUUGUGUAGAUGUGUAUAGACACUGUUUAUACUUCUGUAAAUAUUAGCUCUGUCUGCAUAUGUGCAUAAACUGGACAAAGUGAAUGAAAGACUGAGGUUUAGGUCAAUCAGUGUUUUGGGGUGAAUAGUAUCACAUCACAGUUGGAUGAAAACACUGGAGUUUGGUGCAGUGAUCACAAUCAUGACAUCAUUGUGAAUUUUUCACAGCGUCCCGCAAAGAUCACUAAUCACUAGUCCAAAACAUUAUCGCAUGCUAGAAAAGUAACAACCACGAAUUGCACUGAGAAACAAGAGAACUUUAACAGACUGAACAUUUCAGGUGAACAAGCCUGCAAGAGUGCCUUGAACAGCAACUUAGGACUGUGCUAUGUACAUUACCAGCCAAUGUACAGAGGGUAAUGGUGACUGCUAUUAAUUUUAUGUUACCAAGCAUAAUACUAAAUUCAUGUUUUCCCCACCUGCAGUUUAUGAUGUCCUUUAUGGAUGUUUAUAAAAUGCAUUUCAACAUUACCUACUGAUGGUAUAACUCAGUUACGAGUUUGUUUGCAUUCAUUUAGUCAUUUUCUACGUCAUCUAAUACAGUAAAAAAAAUCACAUCGAUCUACAGCAAAAAGGAGAGCAAGAUUUGUUUUCAAAAGUGUAAUAACCGUCAAGUUUGUUUUUCUGAAUCUAAAAAACAUAAAUUGAUCUCUGCUGGUGCAGUCAUGUUUGCAGUUACAGCACAGUCUCAUAGCACAAUGCCAUAAUUUAGAUCUCAGUGCUACUGUUUUUCAUUAAUAAUGGUAAUACUGGAGUUUCCUGGUGGAGCGCCAGUGAUUUCAUACAGUGUUGACACAGACUGAUUCUUUGCAAAAUACAGUAUGAAAGACCAUGUCUACCCUAAACUAACUAUUAACACCUAAAUUUGAGUUUCGAAAUAUAGUAAUUAGUAGUAGGCAAACAUCUGUAGAUGUUCUCUAACUCAUAGUUCUGGCAAGUUAUAUGUCAUUAUACAAUAAAAUCUAUAUUUAAACAUACAAAUCUGGAAUGCAACUUGAUGAAGUAGACAAAAUUUGUUCAUGUUAACUUUUAAUAAACUUUUCAUAUAUAUUUGGCGGUAGACCUAAGUGAGAUUAGAUCUAACCUUGCGCUAAGCAGAGGUGUAGACAGGUCAUUGUUUUUUGUCAUGAUAAACGGUGCUAUAAUAUAUGAGAAUAUUUACAACUCUUAUGAUACAGCUAAUCGUUUUUCAAUUUAUUAUCUAUUAUUUUUGUAUUUCACGAAUGCAACAGUUAACUAAAGAUUAAUCAGAUAUAUUGAAAUACAAUUAAAUGGGCCAUUGAUAUUUGUGUCACGAAACAUUAUGAUGGCAUUUGAUUUAGUUUUUUUUUUUUCUUAAACUGCAUUAAGUAAAUUGCACUACGACAGUGCUUGCAUUAUGACAUUGCUAAGCUUGUUUACUUUCUGUACAGCUAUAUAGACCGAAAUAUGAGGUGGCCUAUCUCAAAUCUGAGCCAUUUUACUUGACGUUUAUCUUCAAAAAAGUUAAUUACACUAUGUUGCAAUCUUCAAAAGAAAUGCAUUUUGUUACACAUUUUCAGAAAUGUCUGCCUUGUACAAACAAAUAAA